UAACCAGGAGAGGAGGGAAGCCCUGGCAUUGUUCCGCUAAUAGGGAGGCGGUGAUGUUUGCUGGGAGCUAAUUUGAUAGAUGGCCUUGAUGAACGGUCGCGCAGGCGCGUGGGUGAGCGACCAUGUGUCCCACAACGUGAUCUGGGGCGGGUUGUGCGGGUAUAUAAGCAGGAGGAGACGGGUGUUGAUCCAGGACACUUGUGUCACUUCCUGCUGCGUGGGAGGACGACCAGGAGAGCUUCCACCGGAGGGGACUCCACUCGCUGAGAACGGCAGACGGCCCCCGCCAGACUCCAGCCUCCAGACUCCAGUUUAGGAGGAGUCGUCAUGGAGGACCGAAUCCCUCCCAACAAGUGCUGCCAUGCAGGGACUGGUCCACAGGGGGCAGUGUGGCCCUGUCUAGGCUGUGGGGAGCCCAUCAGAGAGCCAGGGGAGUCGUUGGUGGGCUCGGACCAGCCCUGGCACGCAGGGCGUCUGUACUGUGGGCGUAGGGUGCGAGUGCGGAGCGUCCUCAGUGACGGCCAGCUGGGGGCGCUGCGCUCCUGUUACUCGCGGAUGCCUCGUCCUGACGCGGCGCUGAAGCUUCGGCUCGCCCAGCACACGGGUCUCAGCCCCCGGGUCGUCAGGGUGUGGUUCCAGAACAAACGCUGCAAGGACAAGAAGAGCCAGGACAAGAGAGCCAGGAGACUGGCUGAAGAACUGUGCGAUGCAAUGAGUAACUACAGACAGCCUAGAGGAGCCAGACUCAUGGUGGUCGAUUCUCCUGAUCCCCCUGCCUCAGCAGUCCCGAUUACAGUCCACGAGUCGCCUUGGCAACAGGACAGUCCACUCGACCCUGGACUGAUGACGAAGACUUCCUCUUCAUUGAGCGUCUGCAGAGCUUGUGUCCGUCGGAGCCCCUGGAAGGAGAGCUUCCGGCCGGCCACGAUGCCGACUCUCUCACCUUCCUGAGUAUGUGAGGAAAGAGGAAGACCUCCCGGCCCGGGUCCAGUCAGAAGCUGCCGGCAGUCAGCUGUCCUCCGACCCUGAACUCUGCUCUCCACACACACCACGCACACACCAGUAGUCAAUCCUGCAUGUGGAAUAAAAACGCAAAUCAUUCUG